GUUAGAAGACGGUGCUUGUCCGAAGCAAACGAAGAGAAGGUCGGGGAUUUAUCAUGGAAGAGGAAAUUCUUUCUUCUUCUUCAUCUCCUUCUGAUCCAGGUUACUCCAGUGAUGAAUUCACCUGCGAUGAAGAAGAAGAAGUUGAUAAUGCCGACAACAUAAAUGAUGAUGAUAUUGAUAGCGAUAGCGAUAGUGAUAGUGAUGGCAACUGCGAUCUUGAUGAAGAACCAGCCACCGUCCGUCAUCCGCCGCCGAAACGCGAUAGCAAAUCCCAAAAUAUAGACGCACUUGUGAGAGGUAACCUAUUUGUAAGAAGGCAAUCGCUGCUUCCUAGAAUUCUCUCAGUGACUGAGAGAGAUGCUAUUAUUAAAAAGCCGUUUAAGCAACCAUCCUCAAGCGGUUACAGUGAGAACAAUGAUCAGCUCUUUCGUCGUCUGUGGGCACGCAAAAGGUUUGUUCCCUGGGGAUCAACUAGACCUGUUUUGGUUCCAAUUGCCAUCAAGACGAAUCUCCAUAUUACAGUGGAGGAAGUAAUUCCGGUGGAAGAUGUAACUCUUCCUCCAGGAAUUGAACCGUUGGUUCUGUGGUUACCCGAAGAAUGUGAAGGACCAACUGAUUUGGUUCCAAUAACAGUGGAUCCACUGCUUGUGCGCUAUCUCCGACCCCACCAGAGAGAGGGAGUUCAAUUCAUGUUUGAUUGUGUUGCUGGGCUACACAGUGCUUCCAGCAUAUAUGGUUGCAUUCUGGCUGAUGAUAUGGGCUUGGGAAAGACCUUGCAAUCAAUUACAUUGUUGUAUACACUUCUUCAACAGGGAUUUGAGGGAAAACAAAUGGUUAAAAAAGCAAUCAUUGUGACACCUACUAGUCUUGUGAGUAACUGGGAAGCUGAAAUCAAGAAGUGGGUAGGGGAAAGAGUCCAACUUAUUGCAUUGAAUGAAAGUUCAAGGGAGGAUGUUAUCUCAGGGAUUGAUAGCUUCACUUGCAUUCGUAGCCGUUUACAGGUAUUAAUUGUUUCAUAUGAAACAUUUCGGUUGCAUUCAGCAAAGUUCAGUCACGAGGGAUCUUGCGAUCUUCUUAUAUGCGAUGAAGCUCACCGCCUGAAAAAUGAUCAAACGUUGACAAAUCGAGCAUUAGCCGCUCUGCCAUGCAAACGCCGGAUUCUAUUGUCAGGAACUCCGAUGCAGAAUGAUUUGGAGGAAUUUUUUGCAAUGGUUAACUUCACGAAUCCUGGAAUCUUGGGUGAUGCUGCGUAUUUUCGACAGCAUUACGAGGGACCAAUUAUUUGUGGAAGAGAGCCACAUGCCACUGAAGAAGAAAAGAAGCUUGGUAUGCUGCGCUCGGCCGAAUUAAGUACAAAGGUGAAUCAGUUCAUAUUGCGGAGGACCAACGCGCUGCUAUCAAAUCACUUACCUCCUAAGAUUGUAGAAGUUGUAUGCUGCAAGUUGUCUCCUCUCCAAACAGAACUAUACAACCAUUUUAUCCAUUCAAAGAAUGUCAAAAGAGCACUUGAUGAAGAAAAGAAAAAGUCAGCAAUUUUGGCUUACAUUACAGCUCUCAAGAAACUGUGCAAUCAUCCAAAGCUCAUAUAUGAUACACUAAAAAGUGGGAAGCCAGGAACAUCAGGUUUUGAGAAUUGUUUGAAGUUUUUCCCCCCAGAAAUGUUCUCUGGAAGAUCUGGAACUUGGACUGGUGGAGAUGGUACGUGGGUUGAAUUAUCUGGGAAAAUGCAUGUUUUAUCUCGCUUACUAGCUCAUCUGCGUCGACGAACUGAUGACCGGAUAGUCUUAGUAUCAAAUUACACUCAGACGUUGGACCUUUUUGCUCAAUUGUGCCGCGAAAGAAGAUAUCCAUUCUUAAGACUGGAUGGAACAACAUCCAUCAGUAAAAGACAAAAAUUGGUUAACCAAUUUAAUGAUCAAUCCAAGGAUGAGUUUGCAUUUCUCUUGAGCAGCAAAGCCGGUGGAUGUGGUCUCAAUUUGAUAGGAGGGAAUCGGUUGAUCUUGUUUGAUCCUGAUUGGAAUCCUGCUAAUGAUAAACAGGCUGCUGCGAGAGUAUGGCGAGAUGGACAAAGAAAGAGAGUCUACAUAUAUAGAUUUUUGAGCACUGGAACCAUCGAAGAAAAGGUUUACCAGCGACAAAUGUCAAAGGAAGGGCUUCAAAAAGUUAUUCAGCAGGAGCAAAACGAUAAUGGAAAUUCUCUCUCUUCAGAAGAUCUGCGUGAUUUAUUCUCAUUUCAUGAGAAUGUAAGCAGGUCUGAAAUUCAUGAAAAGAUGAACUGCAGUCGUUGUCGAACCAAUGACAUUACAGUGGAAGAUAGCCCUGCCGACCAUCUAGGUGAGAUGAAUGGCGCAGAAGAAGAGGAAGAAGACACAGGGGGAUUUGCUCAUAUAACUGGUUGUUUACAUAAAUUAAGAGCCUCAGAAAAACAGAUAGGAACCCCUUUGGAAGAGGACUUGGGUAGUUGGGGGCACCAUUUUUCGCCAUCAUCCACCGUUCCAGAUGUUAUUUUGCAAGAUUCAGCGGGAGAUGAGGUGACAUUUGUUUUCACAAAUCAAGUGAGUGGGAAGCUAGUUCCGAUUGAAUCAAUGAAGCAGACGAAAAUAACAAAUGAAGCUGAAGAAAUCAAGACUACGAAUGAUAUUGGUUGUUCCGGUUUGAGGAGGCUUCCUGUCACUAGUAAAAACUUGCGAAGGCCUUUCCUUUUGAAAUCAUCGAUGAAAACACCUUCAUUUAACAAUAACACACCACCAAUUAGAAUUAGUAAUAUCCAACUUCCUCAAAAAAGAUUAUCAUCUGGAUCCCCAAAAAAAGAAGAAGAUGAUUUUGUAUAAUAAUAAUAAUAAUAAUAAUAAUAAUUGUUUUCCUACAUAAUUCACAUGCUCUAUUU